UUGCCGGAUUGGUCGCAGUUUACAUUCAGCAGUGUCAAGUCUAAAGAUUGCCUUCGAGUGCCAUGGGUCGAUCGACCCUAUCAGUGGAAGCCGUUUUUGUUUUCGCUUUGAUUUACGGCGGCGUCCAACUUUCAGCCGCCAAGUCUUGUCGGGUACCAAAUUCAUUCGAAGCCACGGGAAGUUGUGUGCCGGUUGAGCAGUGUCCUCACAUCUUUAACCAGCUAGUGUCGCUACAGGUCGAUCCCGAAUCGGCCUACAAGACGUACUUACAGGAACGAAUCUGCGAUCGGAAACCAGAUGGGUCCAUUCACAUCUGCUGUGAUGAGGGACGCACCGGCAAGCGUCGGAAUAUGAACCAAAAAAAUCAAAAACAUAAUCAGUGCACAACAUUCCGAUUCACGUCUGGGUCAUGUGUACCCAUAGAGUCGUGUCCGUCGAUCUACAACUGCAGUCUGGAACUUCAGCGGAAGUACAACCCGACGCUGCAUCUACACCUUACGCAGAGUUAUUGUUACCAGGACAACGGAAAGAGCUACGUUUGUUGCGAUGAUGAUCACGAAACAAAACUGAAGGCUAGGAAAAAGCUGGGCUGGCAACGCUGUCAAACCCCGUUCCAGGACACCGGAAAAUGUGUGCCACCUGGCCGUUGCGGGUGGAUUGAUGAUGCCGAGAACGUUCCUGAUGUGUUUCGGGCCUUUAUGGUCGGCUGUGAUCAACCGAACGGAGUGAGGCACAUGUGCUGUCCAAAAUCGGAGGUCAUGUACGAUGAGGAACCCGGCAAGGAAUGUACGACCCGUGGUGGAAGAUCUGGCCGAUGUGUGGAAUCGGAUCGCUGCGAAGGGUUCCUGAAGGCCACCGAUAGACAGUCGUUUGUGCGGGAUAGCUGGUGCUACACCAGCUUGGAUCAGGUUGACUAUGUGUGCUGCGCCAAUGCUAAGAUCCUGAAUGUUCCAACGAAGGCAAUUGAACUCGGAAACCGCGCUGGAGAAGACGCUCCGACCUGCACUACGCCCAACAAUGCGCCCGGACGAUGUGUGAGUCUGGCUCAAUGUGCUCCGAUCGCUAACAUACUAAGACAGGCAUCGGCCGCGAAGACUGCCGUUACGCCUGCCCAGGCUGUCUUCCUGAGGAACAGUGUCUGUACUCCGAGUGGUACCACGAGCACAACCUAUUUCGUUUGUUGCGACGAAGUAACGCUUCAAACGGUUACAACUCCUGCUCCAACCAUUACCACGACACUGUCGCCGGCAGCAGCCCGAGCGGCCGAAAUUGUCAACCAUCCAAAUCUACGGCUGCUGGAUCAAACCACCUGCGGCCGUUCCAAUUUGGACGAUAAAAUCGCCUUCGGGGAACAGGCUCCCAUGUAUCAGUACCCCUGGAUGGCGAUGCUGAUCUACCGGUCGGCUUCCAGCGGCAUUGAAGGGCCAGAGUGUGGCGGCACCGUCAUCAACAGCCGAUAUGUUCUGACGGCAGCUCACUGCAUCGAGGGACAGAUUCAACGACUCUCCUACGUUCGUCUGGGCGAGUACGACACCCGCACCGAUCCGGAUUGUGACGAGUACCAGGACUGUGCGCCUCCCUUCCGUCGAUACACGGUGGCCGAAUACCGAACCCAUCCCAAUUUCACGAGGACGGUUCGGUCCGGGAACGAUAUCGGACUGCUGAGGCUGAAUCCGGUCAUCGUGUUUUCCGAAGACGAAGUCAGCCCGAUUUGUUUGCCGUUCAGUGCCUCGCUGAACCGAUUCGAUCCGACACUCUUCUGGAUUACCGGAUGGGGUUUGACGGAGCGAUUGGAAGCCAGUCCGAUCCUGCUGCAUACUCGGUUGCCCUCGGUCGAUUGCAGCUUGAGCACCCACUCGAUUUGUGCUGGUUUCGGAAACGGGACCCUACACUGUCGGGGAGAUUCCGGUGGGCCAAUGAAGGUACAGGUUCCGGAGUUCAACUUCCGGUACGUGCAGUAUGGUAUUAUAUCGGCUGGUCCCAGUUGCGGAGUGCCAGGAACUCCUGGUGUCAGCACCCGAGUGGCAUUUUUCAUGAAAUGGAUACUGGACAAUCUGACCGAAUAAAACAAUUAAUCAUAACGAAAGUAAA